UAAGUGAUUGAUGUUCCAAUGUCACAAAGUAAUCAUUGUAUGGAAAUCAUGAAUCCUUUAUACCUAAUAAUCUACCUAUAUAUGAGAAACGAUCGAUCUUUUGCCUUCCUUCACCAUCAAACAACUCCUCAUCGUGCCCCACUCUCCGCUAUAAUAAAAAGCCGCGCGUCUGCGAUCAUCGUUCAGUAGUUUUUUAAACGUCUGAGUACGUGGUAACAUUCACAUUUUAUUGAAAUUCGAAUUUGAAAAUGCGAUCCCUAAGCACGUUAUUUUUCUGCGCUACUAUCCUCUUGUUCGUUGCAGCUGAAGAUCUUUACGAAUCAAAGCCGAAUAAUCAAAGCAGUGAUCCAAGUAUGGCAGGAAUUUCCGUACACGCCAUCACGGAGCCAGUAGGUCUUGGAGAAGGUCCUCACUGGGACCAGCGUUCGCAAAAAUUGUAUUUUGUCGAUAUCCACGCUCAAAAGAUCUAUGCGCUUCACACCACAUCGCAAAAAUUAACCAGUGCUUACAUAGCCAACGGUCCGGUUGGAUAUGUUGUUCCUGUUGAUGAUUCACCUGACCAAUUUAUAGCAGGAGCUGGGACAGAUCUGUUAACAUUUACAUGGAAUUCUGAAAACAACUCUUCAAAUUUACACGUUGAUAUUCUGGCUAGAGUUGACAAAGAUAAAUCUCAUAAUCGUUUCAACGAUGCAAAGGUCGAUUCACAUGGACGAUUAUGGGCAGGAACCAUGGGUCCAGAAGAUAAGACCGGUGUUGUUCCAAACCAAGGAUCAUUAUAUCUCAUAGAGUCCGACCUGGUUCCCAAGAAAGUGCUUUCACUAGUGAGUAUUAGUAAUGGCUUGGCGUGGAAUAUCGAGGACAAUAAGAUGUACUACAUUGAUUCUCCCACAAGACAAAUUGUCUCCUAUGACUAUGACGCUCAUACUGGAAACCUCACAAAUAAACGAAUAGCAUUUGAUUUACGUACUACUAACAUUUCUGGUGAACCUGAUGGUAUGACCAUUGACAUCGAUGGGAAUCUUUGGAUAGCGAUAUUCAAUGGAGGAAGCGUUCUAAAUGUCGAUCCAGUUGAUGGCAGGCUGAUUCGACGCAUUGCGUUUCCAGCAACUAGAAUCACCAGUGCAACCUUCGGUGGACCUCUCUUGGAUAUUUUAUACGUGACCACCUCUAGCUACGGUUUGACCCCAGCAGAGCGGGAAUUGCAGCCCAAGGCUGGCUCUGUUUUUUCGGUAACAGGCCUGGGUGUUCGUGGUUUUCUACCAAACUCGUUCGUUCGUUAUUGAUUGAUAUCUUCAAUUACUUUUCAGAGAUAUAGUAGUUAAGUUUCACUCUUAUUAAAAAUUUUGCUUCUGUAAUAGUUAUAAUUAUGAUUUGUUUAUUCCAUACAAAAUAAAAUAAAAUUCAACUUAUAA